GGAGACCUGCACUACACCCACGAGGGCGUCCCCAUGCUCAUCGUGGGCCACCACAUCCUCUACGGGAAGGUGCUGCAGCUGGAGAAGCCGUUUGCCGUCCUGCAGAAGCGAGGAGGGGGCCAGCCCGACGCCAGCUACGCCGUCACCGCCCUCAUCAAAACCAAGCUGCUCUUCAAAACCCGCCCCAAGCCCAUCAUCACGCAUGUCCCCAAGAAGGUGUGA